CGUUAAAACUCUUUUUGCCCAAACUCUGAGCUUCUCUCUUCUUCUUCUUCUCUUUUUUAUUCAAUCACAUAGAGGGAACAAGAGAGACUCUUCUCCAGAUCUAGUUUUAUAUCUCAUUUGGUUUAAUCAAGGUCUUAGCCAGUGAACAUGGCGUCAGCGACUGAGAACCAAUGGCUUAAAGGAAGAGUGAAGGCUGUUACCUCCGGAGACUGCUUAGUGAUCACGGCUUUGAGCCACAACAGAGCUGGACCUCCACCGGAAAAGACCAUUACUUUAUCUUCUCUUAUGGCACCUAAGAUGGCUCGCAGAGGAGGUAUAGAUGAGCCUUUUGCAUGGGAAAGCAAGGAAUUUUUGAGGAAACUUUGCAUAGGAAAGGAGGUUGCAUUCAAAGUUGAUUACAAAGUGGAAGCUAUUGCUGGAAGAGAAUUUGGCUCUGUUUUCCUUGGCAAUGAGAAUCUUGCUAAGCUUGUUGUUAAAAAUGGUUGGGCAAAGGUUAGGGAGCCAGGUCAGCAGAAUCAGGAUAAGGUUAGUCCUUACAUUAAAGAGUUGCUACAGCUCGAAGAGCAGGCCAAGCAGGAAGGAUAUGGUCGUUGGAGCAAGGUUCCUGGUGCUGCUGAGGCAUCUAUCAGAAACCUUCCUCCUUCUGCCAUUGGGGAUUCUGCUGGCUUUGAUGCCAUGGGCCUUUUAGCUGCAAACAAGGGCAAGCCUAUGGAAGGUAUUGUGGAGCAAGUGCGUGAUGGAAGUACUAUUCGGGUUUAUCUUCUUCCAGAGUUCCAGUUUGUGCAAGUAUUUGUUGCGGGAGUUCAGGCUCCAUCAAUGGGAAGGCGAACCACAAAUGGAAGUGUUGUUGAGACAGUUCCAGAUGAGCCGAAUGGAGAUGUUUCUGCUGAGUCACGAGGUCCUCUAACGUCAGCUCAGAGACUUGCUGCCUCUGCAGCAUCGUCUGUCGAGGUUUCCUCUGAUCCAUUUGCAACUGAAGCCAAGUACUUUACCGAGCACCGUGUUCUUAGUAGAGAUGUUCGCAUUAUUCUUGAAGGCGUUGACAAAUUCAACAAUCUGAUUGGUUCAGUUCAUUAUUCUGAUGGGGAAACAGUUAAAGACUUGGGUUUGGAGCUCGUUGAAAAUGGUCUUGCGAAAUUUGUUGAAUGGAGUGCUAACAUGAUGGAGGAUGAAGCUAAGAGAAAGUUGAAAGCUGCAGAACUUCAAUGCAAGAAAGAUAAGGUUAAAAUGUGGGGAAACUACGUUCCUCCAGCUACAAACUCUAAGGCAAUUCAUGACCAGAACUUUACGGGAAAGGUAGUGGAAGUGGUGAGUGGGGAUUGUCUUAUAGUUGCUGAUGAUGCUGUUCCAUUUGGGAGUCCAGCGGCAGAGAGACGGGUCUGUCUUUCGAGUAUCAGAUCUCCCAAAAUGGGCAACCCACGCCGAGAAGAGAAACCAGCUCCUUAUGCUCGGGAAGCAAGAGAAUUUCUGAGACAACGGCUUAUUGGCAAACAGGUUAUUGUUCAAAUGGAAUACUCAAGGAAAGUCACCCAAGCAGAUGGUCCUACCACAUCUGGAGCUGCUGAUAGGUUCAUGGAUUUUGGCUCAGUGUUCCUUCCAUCUCCUGCCAAAGGCGAUUCUGAUGAAGUGGCUGCAUCAUCUGCUGCAGCAAUUAAUGGCAGUCAGCCGGUUGGUGUGAAUAUUGCUGAGCUCGUUCUUGCCCGUGGUUUUGGAAAUGUGGUUAGACAUAGAGAUUUUGAAGAGCGAUCAAACCAUUAUGAUGCUCUUCUGGCUGCUGAAGCUCGUGCUCUGUCUGGAAAGAAAGGAAUCCAUUCUGCAAAAGAAUCUCCAGCCAUGCACAUCACAGACCUAACUGUGGCGGCAGCUAAGAAAGCUAAAGAUUUCCUGCCAUCCUUGCAAAGAAUCAGGAGAAUACCCGCUGUUGUGGAAUAUGUCCUCAGCGGACAUCGGUUUAAGCUUUAUAUCCCAAAGAUAACAUGCAGCAUUGCCUUUUCAUUCUCUGGUGUCAGAUGUCCUGGCCGUGGCGAACCUUAUUCAGAAGAGGCUAUCUCUGUAAUGAGACGGAGGAUCAUGCAGAGAGAUGUUGAGAUUGAAGUUGAAACCGUGGAUAGAACCGGUACUUUCUUGGGAUCCAUGUGGGAGUCGAGGACGAAUGUGGCGACAGUUCUGCUUGAAGCUGGCUUAGCAAAAAUGCAGACUAGCUUUGGUGCAGACAGGAUCGCCGAAGCACAUCUUCUUGAACAGGCCGAGAGAUCUGCUAAAAACCAGAAACUGAAGAUUUGGGAAAACUAUGUUGAAGGAGAAGAAGUCUCAAACGGAAAUACAAAUACCGUAGAAACCAGGCAAAAGGAGACCUUAAAGGUUGUUGUUACAGAAGUACUUGGAGGUGGUCGGUUCUAUGUUCAAUCUGCUGGAGAUCAGAAAGUAGCUUCGAUUCAGAACCAGCUUGCAUCCUUGAGUAUUAAAGACGCUCCCAUUAUCGGGUCCUUUAAUCCAAAGAGAGGUGACAUCGUCCUUGCACAGUUUAGCCUUGAUAACUCCUGGAACCGUGCAAUGAUUGUGACUGCACCCCGAGCAGCGGUUCAAUCCCCAGAUGAAAAAUUCGAAGUGUUCUACAUCGAUUAUGGAAACCAAGAGACAGUUACAUACAGCGCAAUCAGACCAAUAGACCCUUCGGUAUCUGCAGCACCAGGGCUCGCUCAGCUCUGCAGACUUGCCUACAUAAAGGUUCCAAGCUUGGAAGAAGACUUUGGUGCUGAAGCCGGAGAGUAUUUGCAUACGGUAACGCUGGGUAGUGGUAAAGAGUUCAAAGCAGUGAUAGAAGAAAGAGACACAUCUGGAGGCAAAGUCAAAGGGCAAGGAACUGGAACUGAAUUCGCUGUCACACUCAUUGCUGUCGAUGAUGAGAUCUCUGUAAACGCUGCAAUGCUUCAGGAAGGAAUAGCGAGAAUGGAGAAACGUAAGAAAUGGGGGCACAAAGACAAACAAGCUGCUCUUGAUGCUUUAGAGAAGUUCCAAGAGGAAGCUCGCAAGUCGAGAAUUGGAAUCUGGCAGUACGGUGACAUUGAGUCCGAUGAUGAGGACACUGGUCCGGCCAGAAAACCUGCUGGUGGUCGCCGGUAAAUUAUAAAAGCCGAUAAGUCGUGAUAUGGUUCAAAGGGACCAUGAGGUCUUAGCCAGUGAACAUGGCAUCAGUGACUGAAAACCAAUGGCUCGAAGGAAGAGUGAAGGCUGUUACCUCCGGAGACUGCUUAGUGAUCACGGCUUUGAGCCUCAGCAGAGCUGGACCUCCACCGGAAAAGACCGUUACUCUAUCUUCUCUUAUGGCACCUUUUUGAUCAAUAGCUUAUGCCUAUGGUUAGUCUUAACAGUUUGAAUAGUUCAUUAGUUUCUGUAACCAUCAUAAAUGUUGUUUUGUUGAAUAUAGUGAAGUUUCCAGC